AUGGAGGAGCAGCCGAAGGAGGGCGAGGCCGAGGGCGAGGAGCACUGGUUCUCUAAGUGGGAGCGCCAGUGCCUGGCCGAGGCAGAGCAGGAAGAGGAGUUGCACCCCGAUAUGCAGGAGGAGGCGACCCCUGAGGCGGCGGGGCUCAAGAGCGAGAAGCAGAAGCUGUGGCACCUCUUCCAGAACUCAGCUACCGCUGUGGCCCAGCUCUACAAGGAUACGGGGUGCCAACAGCCAGGACUCUCCUUGUGGGACCCCUUCCAGAGUGCGGCCAUGGCCGUGACCAGCCUCUACAAAGAGAGCGGGGAUGCCCACCAACGAAGUUUUGACCUGGGCGUCCAGGUUGGCAACCAUCGUCGCGUCAAAGAUGUGCUGGAAUGGGUGAAAAAGGGCCGGAGCACCAUCCUUCGAGAAGAUCUGAUUAGCUUCCUGUGUGGCAAGGUGCCCCCCGCGACUCUGCCGCCGCGCACCCCGAGGGCGCCCCCGAAGCCACCCGCCGGGGCCCCCAGCCAGGCCGCGGCCACCGAAUCCGGCUCGUCGGUGGACGUUGACCUGCAGCCGUUCCACGAGGCCAUCGCCCUGCACGGCCUCAGCGGUGCCAUGGCCAGCAUCAGCGUGCAAUCUGGAGCGCCCGGCUCCCCGCCUCAAGGCAGCGGUGUGGCCGGCGACGGCCACCGAAGAAGUAGCUUCCUCGAGGACAACUCGAACCCCAUCGACUCCGAAGAAGUGGCCCUCCACCUGGACAGUGGGGGGACCCGCAAGCGCACCUCGGCCCAGUGUGGUGAUGGCGACACAGACUCCCCAACCCACAAGCGCAACCGAAUGAUCUAAACUGAUCUAAACCACCUCGUGGGUCGCCAGCCACCAUAUUGCUCGGCCAUCAACUUGCUCGUCAAAAGGGUUCUUGAGACUGUCUCUUCCUUCUCUAAGUUAAACAAAGAGUUCUAUCAGUUUGCCACAAAGAAACUUUAAAAGUAUACCAGGACAGGCAUCGUUAUGAUUCUGACUUUCCCAAAAAUAUAAUACUAGCAGAGAACAAGUAUUAUGUAGUAGUUAGCAAGACCGUUUAAUGCAGAAGUAUCCGGUCAAGCGGGAGCUUGGUUUAUCUUGUUCACAGUUAUAUUUCUUAGCAUCUGGC